AUGUUCUGGUCACAAGGGAGUGGCUUCAUCACCUCGGUCUUUGUGAAAGGAGUGCUGGAGGCCUUUCAGUUCUGGCGACCGAUCUGCACAUUUUGGAGCAGCCUUGCAACGAUCGGCUUGGUCUUCUUAGUGCUGACUGUAUGCUUUGAACACAUUGGUUGCUUCGCCCCUUUGCUCGCAGCACUGGUCGCAGCGCUGCUGUUUGGGCUGUGGGGACUCAGUUCCGCGAUCGGCGGAGCCAUCUGGUGGUUUGUGGGGUACAUCUUGGAAGAGCAAAACUUGAGACUGUUGCUUUUCUUAUGGCCCGGACUUCUUUGCGUCGGACUUCUGGUGGUCGAGAUGCUUAGCAGACGACUCCUCCAAAAUGGAGAACUUUCCUUGAUGAAGAAGCAUCUGCUGCGGAAGUCAUUUCAUCUGCUCGCCAUCUGUCUUUUUGCCCCUCCUUUGCUAACAGGGCAAGGGGAAUUUCUGGCUCUUGCGCAGUUGGUGGCAGCGUUGUUGUUCAUUGCCUUGGAGGUUUGCCGAGCUUGUCGCGCUCCACUAUGCCACAUCCAAGAUCGAUUCCUGUCCAAGUAUUUGGACAAACGAGAGGAUAUUUCCCGCGACCUGGUGCUCACCCAUUUGUAUUUGCUCCUUGGCUGUUCCUUGCCCGUGUGGCUUGAAUCCUUUCAAACAUUUCAAAGCUCCCGACCUUCCGGUUCGCUCCGCAAAGUCGCGGGCCUGCUGCUGAUUGGCGUUGGAGAUUCCUGCGCGGCCCUUUUUGGCAUCCGCUUCGGGCAGCGUCGUUGGCCGGGCUCGCACCGCAGCCUGCUGGGCAGCCUGGCCUUCGUGCUGAGCGUGUCGCUGUUCGCUGCGGCGCUGGUCCCCGUGGCUUUGCUGGAGGCCGCUUGGUUGCCAUUCUUGCUGGCCACUUCUCUGACAGCUUUACUGGAGGUCUACACCAAGACCGUUGUUUGGAGCGCCUGCGAAGUGAUGGAGGGCCGCGAGCAUUUGAUGGACAGCAUCGAAUACCUGGUGUUCAUGGCGAUCGAUGAGAACAGUGGAAGGGAGUUAAUCCAGGACGAAGGCAACUUCGAUGUCAACCGUUUGCACAAUUGGGGCGUCCAUUUGUCAGAUGGCUCCUGUGGUCGCCUGCUGCCCUUUGUGGGUGAGGAGGGAGAUGCAGUGGCGGAGUUUGACUUUGAGGCUCUCUUCUCUGAGACCAGUCAGAAGCGCUUACUGGGCAAGUUCAGACAUAAAGAGAUGCGGAGCGUCAGUGCUGAGGGCGAUGGUGGGCCACCCACAGUGCAGGGCUUUGAGCUGUUGGUCAGUGGGUUGAAGCCCCACUGCAUGCAUCGCAUCUCCGUAGUGGUGCGCUGUGCGGUGGAGAAUCUGCCGGAACCCGACUGGCAACGCUUGAAGUUGGACCCAUCGCAUCCCUUACGGUGGAGUGAUCCCUUCCACAGUAGUCCGCUGCUAACACCCCUGCGACCUCCACCGAUGCUGGUGUCAGAAUUGGUCCCCAUCCCAGAUGGACGUUUUGGACGCUUCCUCCACACGCCUUGCAUCCUGUUGAAGUGCGGCCUCUUUGCCAAGCAGAACAAGAACGAUUCGGACAAGGAUCACAGCGUAGUGGUCGAUUGCCGUCCAGCUGGAUCUACCGAUGAGGACUAUCAGCUGGCAGGAAGUUCCAUCUAUUGCCAGCCAGCAGAGUACGGUCCCUGUCGCUUGGUCUACAAUUUGCCUUACCUCCAUGCAGAGAUUCGUACCCGCAACAUCACCAUGAAUGACGUCUCUGCUGCAAGCAUUCCCUUCUUCGCAGUCCCACCCUUGACCAUCGAAGAUUCCAAGGGGCCCAGUAUCAACCUGGUGGUUGGCAAGGACGGCAGGCUCUGCGUCAGCGUGGAAUGGACCUCCCGCUGUUUGCCGGGGCAGAAGCCCAAGCUGCUUCAGAUCGGCCUGCGACGGCACGCACUGCAUCAAGACUGUGUGGAGCUGGCGAGCCAAAGUGUUUUGCCACAGAUGUGCUUGGAAGAGCUUCCGACCACGGCCCUGUGCAGCUCCAAGGACUUUGAAGGUCUGAUGGAAGAAGCCGCAGCUCGCUUCAAGAAACAGGGAGGCAUCCUGCGAGAUGAGUCGCCAUACUACUGCCGGCAUUGCUUCCAACCCUUGCAACGGAAGGCAGACAGCAGCACUGUCUUGGGUCCGCUUGGCAAAGCUUGGAUUGCAGAGGUGAAAGAAGUCUUGAAGCUCUCAGCAGCCCCUCGACCGAAUGGCCAUGGCCAGGUCGCCAUCGAUGAGAUUGGACACGCAAAUCCCCUCGACACUGCGGCGUUGAGAGCCCCACAUUGGGCGCAACUCGAACAACAGAUUCGUGAAGAGGCAAACCCGUGGGAAGCCAUCAGACAGGCCAAAACCCCUUGCAGCUGCCGGGACGUUUUCUGCUGCAAGGAGCUCAAUGUAGAUGGAGAAGAGCUGAUCCACGGCACGGUGUACACCUUCCGGCUGCGCGUCUCUGACGGUCAGCGCUGGUCCUGCUGGACGGAGUACUCACCUCCAAUGCAGGUGGUGAUUCCUCCACCCAAGCCGCCAGUGCCAUAUCAGGAGACUUUGGCGCCGAUACCACCACCCACAGUGGAGGUGCUCUUUGUGAAAGACGGGGAUGAGACCAUCCAGUCCAUCGUUGAAGGCCUCAAAGGUCCAGAUUUCAGGCUGCGUUUACGCUGGCCACGCUUCGAAGGGCGAAUGCAAGAAGUCGAGUAUCGCAUCCUCAUGUGGACCCUAUCACCCGAGCAACGGAAGCGAGCCCAGAGUUUGGAGAAGGGGCCGUUGCCUCCCAUCGUCGGCGUGCAGAGCGUCUUCACCAGUAGCAGCUUCCCCGGAGUCGCAGCUGAGGUAGAUGAAAGUUCAGCACCUCGAAUCGUCCGACCAGUGGUGCCUGAUUGCAGUCCGGUGGCAAGGGCCAGACCUAGAACCCUUCAGCCUGGCAGUCAGGACACACCUGAGAUCCUGGCCCACAUCCAACCGUUCGAUCCGCCACGAGGACGCGCCAACGAGCUGCCCCCUACUUUGGAAGCGGAAGUCAACGUCAUGCCCGUUCCCACGGGACACGGCUACGUCUUCGCAGUGGAAGCCAAACACUGCCGUGGAGCCUUGGGUAACUUGGGUGAGUGGAGCCCUCCAAUGUUCAGCCGCUUCAUUGAGUUCCAGCAUCAAAGCAGGGAGUUGAGUCUUGAGGUUGAUGCCAGGUUUGGAACUUUGCUCUUCAAGGGGCAGGCAGCAACUCAGCCGAAGCCCAAGAAUGAAAAGCUGCAGAUGGAGGCCAGCACCGUGAGCUUCGCCGAUGAACACCGAGACCUACCCAAGGCGAUGCCGCUACUCAGCAACCCGGGCGGUGAUCCGUGGCCGAUUGGCGCAGAACCCAAGAAGUUCAUCGUGCGAACCAAGGGGCGCACCGUUUACGCUGAAAGAUUGGAUGCUGAGAAGCUCCCCGAUCUGCCAGAGGCGCGGCCCAAGAAAGAUGAUUUGCGAGAAGGUUAA